CGCGCCGCGGCAGCAGAGGGGGAGAGAGAGAGGCAGAGCGAGCGAGCGAGAGAGCGCUGGUCAUGGCGUCACUGUCUGUCGCCGCCGUGGCGGCCACCAUAGCGAUGCCAAGCAGCAGCGGUGGGAGAGGGCGCCGUCUCAGGGUCGCGUCCAUGGCCACCCAGAAGGGCCAGAAGCCGACGCCCAAGACCGUCUCCGGCACGAGAAGAUCGGGCACGACGACGGUGUUCCCGGUGGGCGAGCCGGGCCCGCGGCCGGCGACGACGAGCGGCAAAGCGCCGGUUAAGCUGCUGACGAACGUGGAGAAGCUGCGGCUGCUGACCAAGGCGGAGCGCGCGGGCCUGCUGUCGGCGGCGGAGCGCGCGGGGCUGUCGCUGUCGGCGAUGGAGCGGCUGGGCCUACUGUCCAAGCUGGAGGAGCUGGGCGCGCUGUCGGCGGCCACGGACCCCGGCACGCCCGGCGCGCUGCUUGCGCUCGCGCUCCCGCUGCUGGCCGCGGGCCCCGCCGUCGUGUACCUCGUCCCCGAAGAGCAGGCGUGGCAGGUGGCGCUGCAGGCCGUCGCCGCGCUCGUCUGCGUGGUCGGAGGCGCCGCCGCGGUGGCCGCGUCCACGUUUGUGUCCAGGCUGCAGGGCUCCUCCAGCUGACGAGCGCAUUUGCAGCCGUAUCUAAUUUCCCGUGCAUGGCUAAGCAGAGAAUUGCUCUAUGCUUAUAACGUAAUAAAUAGUGCGUGCGUUGCAACGGGAACAUAUAAUAUCACGAUAACUUAUAUAUAAAAUGUGUGUUAUACUGUUAUUAGAAAAGAUUUCAUAAUUUAUUUAUGAUCCUAACCAUACAUAAAUUUUGUUAUUUUAAUCUAGUUGUUUCACCACU